UCUAGAGUAUGCAGGAAUCAAUCAUUGAUCGAUAAUUAUGGCAAAGAUGUCAUUUCUCGUUAAAAAACAACGUAAUAUAACAAAAAGUGAAAUCCAUAUUUGUUGACGUUUUUUCUUACCUAACAAAUUAAAGUGUAACUCAGGUCUAGGCGUCAUUGGAUAAACCCUUGGAUGAGAGAUCAAAAUCUUGUCUUCAGUUUAUUGCUUUACUAUAAAGUCUUCGGAAAAUAUUCCCACUUUACAUGUUGCCUCAAUCAUCACGGGAAUUUGUGCUAAAAUGAAGAAUUUGUCGGCCAAAGCAACAUACCAAAUCAGCAGUUGACAUCAUUUCUUGUUCUGAAGAUUUUUCAAACCGGAGGAGUACUUUACACCGAUCGGUACAUGUAAACAAGUGAAGAGCUCAAUUUGUUUUCUGAGCUCAAGGCAACCCCAUAUAAAAAGCUGCUGGAAGUAAGGCCGUUUGCACUCAAAUGAAGUCUGAAGAAAUGGCUCCACAUCAAGAUGAAGGUCAGAAAGAACACGGAGAGGAUGCCGUUCCACCUAAUAUCAAGUUGGAAAUCAUUGAUUUAUCUUCAGAGGCUCUUGCAUGCGCUGAUCGUCGAGAAAAAGCCCGCCAACAGAUUAUUAACAGUUUUUCUACCUUGGGAUUUUGUCAAGUCUCCGGAAUGAAUGACUACUCCGCAGAAGCACUACUUCAAGGAUCAAAAUGGUUCUUCGAUGACGUGUCGGAGCAAACCAAACUCGACCAAAUUGGCACCAAAGCCUAUAAUCCAAGUAAUAAGAAUAGUUACCGUGGCUAUUUCCCUGCCCAACAUGAUCGGAUGUCUUGCAAAGAGGGUUACGAUGUGGGCCUUCAAUGGGAGAUCCCGGAUCAUUUGAAAGACAUUCCUUUGGUCGAACAAACCCCUAUGCUUCAUAUACCAGGCCAAGAGAAGGAAGUUGAGCACUAUUAUGAGGUACUCUUCCGCCAUCGCGAUAAUGUUCGUGGUGUUGGAGACACGAUCAUGAGUCUCAUUGCUGAAGCCGGAGGCGAGCGAACGGAUUACUUCAAGCGAAUGUUCUCCGAGUUUGCACAACACACCCUAAGACCAAUCCGAUAUCCCCAAAGGGUGGGCGAAGUUCCAAAAGACGCUAUCUUACCAAGCGGUCGAGUGAUAUCUACCCCUGCUCAUGCUGACAGUGGGUUCUUGACCUUUCUUCAAACUUUUGAUUACCCUGGUCUUGAAUUAUUGGUGGAUGAUAAAUGGUAUGCCGUUCCACCCAACCCUGAGACCCUUAUCGUUAAUGUAGGCGAACAAUUGAGCGAGAUGAGCAACGGACGGUUUGCGGCCACUGUCCACAGAGUUAUGGACAUCGGAAAAUCCCGGUUUUCAAUGCCGUUCUUCUAUGAGCCCGGAGCGGAUGCGGAUAUCAACACCAAAAUCCCCGCGUCGCUUUUGCCUCCCGAAACGGAGGACAAAUUCGAUAGGUCUUACUAUCCUUACGUGACAUUCCUCUUCUUCAAGUUGCCCAUCUAUGCCGAGUACAGCCACGUCUCGGAUAAUAUCCCCGAGUCUAUCUAUAAGAAGUACAUUGAAAACUACGAGCCUAAGGAAUGUUGGGCCACGAAAACGGCAAUUCAGGUGGAUGGCGCGACGUUCAUGCAGCGCAAGCUCAAGGCAAAAUACCGAGAAACGUUUUCAAAAUCCUAAUUUGUUGCAUCGUCUCCUGUCACACUUUGUUUUGAAAAGAUUUGAACACAAGAUGAGCACACUCUUUUUAAAGGUACUAGCAUGCGUACGAUUCAAUGACAAUAUAUAUCUUUCUUUUUUUCUUCCAACCGGA